AGAGAGGGGUGGGGGGGGGUGCAAUUCUGGAAGAUUCUACAGAAAAUCUUACGAGUGGACCCCAUUUCAUUCGUUUAUUGUGGGGACUGAUUCUCUGAGCUAGGUUGGUUAGCCUUCCCUGUCAAAGCCACAGCGUACACACUGUGGUGGGGACUAAAGGUUUUUAGGAGCCAAUGACUGGAGUAGACUGAUCCCUGCUGCUCAUCACUGCAAAGAUGUCAAAGAGGCCAUCCUAUGCCCCUCCCCCUCCCCCUGCCCCUACAACUCAAAUGCCCAACACUACCGGGUUUGUGGGGUACAACCCAUACAGCCAUCUGGCCUACAACAACUACAGACUGGGAGGGAGCCAAAGCAGCAACAGUCGGGUAACGAAUUCCUCAGGAAUAAAUAUCCCAAAGCCACCCAAGCCACCUGAUAAGCCAUUGAUGCCAUACAUGAGAUAUAGUCGUAAAGUUUGGGAUCAAGUUAAAGCCUCCAAUCCUGAUCUGAAGCUAUGGGAAAUUGGGAAGAUAAUCGGUGGCAUGUGGAGGGACCUCACUGAUGAGGAGAAACAGGAUUAUUUGAAUGACUACGAAGCAGAGAAGAUUGAGUAUAAUGAGAGCAUGAAGGCCUAUCACAACUCGCCAGCCUACCUGGCCUACGUCAAUGCAAAAAGCCGCGCCGAGGCAGCUCUGGAAGAGGAGAGCCGCCAGAGGCAGUCCAGACUCGACAAGGGUGAGCCUUACAUGAGUAUUCAGCCAGCGGAGGAUCCAGAUGAUUACGACGAUGGCUUUUCCAUAAAGCACUCGGCCGCUGCCCGUUUCCAGCGCAACCACCGUUUGAUCAGCGAGAUCCUCAGCGAGAGCGUAGUCCCAGAUGUGCGGUCGGUUGUUACCACCGCUCGCAUGCAGGUCCUCAAACGCCAGGUCCAGUCUUUGAUGGUGCACCAGAGAAAGCUGGAGGCAGAGUUGCUUCAGAUUGAAGACCGCCACCAGGACAAGAAGAGAAAAUUCAUCGAAGCAACAGAGUCGUUCACGAAUGAGCUCAAAAGGCUGUGUUGUAUGAAAGUGGAAGUGGACAUGGAGAAGAUUUCUGCAGAGAUUUCUGCAGCCGAAGAGGCAGCCCGCAAACGCAUGGCAGAACGCGAGAAGGAUGCAGGAGACCGAGGUGCUAGAGAAGCCCCCACCUGCGUGUUAGCAGAAGAAGAGAAACACGUCUGCGCAACACAUGGCAACAAGUCCCAGCAAAAUUCUCUCAGCGAAAGUAGCAACAAGGAAGGCGAGGACACGGAGUCCAAUCCAACAGAUACACCAGGGAAGCAGAAGGCCUCAGAGGAACUCGAAGCUCAUCCAGGCAGCGAGGAAGGGGCAUCCGAGGACAAGGAGAGCGUCCCAGAGGGAGCCAUGGAGGAGGGAACCAGCGACAGCAACACGGGCUCUGAGACCACCUCCGCUCAGACAGAAGAUGCCCCGACUAGUGAGCCAUCAGAGGGGCCCAGCAGGGCCAGACCAGCCCACUGAAUCACAACACCUGACCUGCCUUUGAACUGUAAGGCUGUUAAGACGUGUGAUAUCAUCCUCUGAUAAACAUGUAUUGCACAGUAUCAUCUCAUUUUUGUCAAAGCAUAUGAAGAGCCUUUCAGAUGCGUUUUAACAAGCCUGAAGCAAAGAUGAUGUAAGAAAAAAGAAAAAAAAAAAAAAAAAAGUUAAGCACUUGAAGCCGACAAAGCAAUGGUUCUGUUUAAAAUCAAUGGCUGCUAAGUGCGCCACAAAAGCCCGUGUGAAAGCACUAUAUUUCAUCCAUAGGCCUUAUUGAUCUAUGGAAGAAAGCAUACAGGCCCUCUUCAGCACAUAUCAAUACAUAUCUCCUGUCUUAUUCUCUAGCACUUCGCUAAUGAAGACCGGCCAUAUUGAAAAAAGCUGUCACAUGAUACAAACAUUGUUCAGUGUUAUAUUUAACUUUGUCCUUCGUAUUGUAAUGUCAUUGUUGCUUUUAUUGUUAUUUUUGCAUGUUGUGAUUUUUAUUUAAAAAAAUAAGUUGGCAUACUUGUGAAGAGUGGAGCUGGGCGACCAUCUCCUGGCCAGGAGAAUAUUUGUUUACUAUCUGUAUCAGUAUUACAGUGACCGUAUUGUCUCAGGAGUUUGUAGUCACUAGUAGUAGUUAUUUUUUGUUAUUUAUUAUCAGCAUUUUUAUUAUACUUGUGUAUUGGUUGUCCUGGGGCCCGUCCCUGUCCCUUCAUGCGUAUAUAUAUAUAUAUAUAUAUAUAUAUAUAUAUAUAUAUAUACAUAUAUCACAUGAUCAUUAAUGCUGUACAAAGCUCAACGACUGGUGUUCUCAAGUUUGCUAGCUGUCAAUCAAAUCAAAAGCAGUACGCUUAGAACAUUUCUGUGUUAUGAUCAAUAUUUGCAAUUUUCAGCAGAAAAACUUUUAAAUGUACCGUGAUUGUGUACACAGUGUUAUGAGGUGUGCUUAAACAUGGAUUUUCAUGUUGUCGUAAAAAAC